AUGAGAACUCUCGACAGCAAGAAGCCUAGUAGAAAAAGCAGCAAGGCUUUAGCCAUUACUAUUGCAUUAUUCAGUUUGAUCGCGCUAUUAGUUGUAACUGCUGGUGUGGAUGAUCAGUUUGUAAACCUUUACAGCUAUGCAUCCUCCGAAUUAGAGGACCAGAAAGAAGAUAUCGGUAUUACACUCACGAAUCACAUAUCACAAAUUGCAUCAAAUUCUGAAAAUAACUUAGAGAAGGAGACAUCCAACAUCGAAGAGCAGCUGAUUAUCAGUGAAUCUGAAAAUGGGAAAGAAUUAGAAUUGCGCAAGCAAAAUGUUUUGUCGCCUUCCAAAGUGCACCUUCCUGCGGAAUCGGAAGUUGCCCCAGCAGUGCUUCAGAAUGAUCCUAGCUACACAGUUACAAACACAAAUCCAAACACAAAUCCAAACUCAAAUGGAGGUAAUCAAGAUAUGCCAUCAUCAUCAUCAUCCUUCAGUCCAGCCAGGGGGUUUCAAGAAAUUCUAACAACAUCCCCAGCUGUGCUUUUCAUUAGAUCGUCAAACAAAGAUUCUUUGGGUUUAAAGAAUAUGCUUAACACAGAAUACACUUUCUCGCCAGAGGUAAUCGUAGUGGAUCUUGAUAAACACACUUAUGGUGACCGUAUUCAAGAGUACAUAAGACGAAACAAGUUGGAGACCUACAAAUCAAAUUAUGAGGAAGCAUCACAGUCGCCAGACGUCCCAUAUCUCUUCAUAAACGGUGUAUCAAUGAUCAAUAAGUCUCUGAAAGAAGACAUAAUGAAACAACACAUCGACGGAAAUCUAAUAACUAAGUUUAGAGAAAUUUCUGAUGGUAAAGUAUCCGUUUCCAAAGUUGAUACUCCCUCAAAUUCUUAG